AUGUUAACAAAAAGUAUUAGAUUAUUCAGACAAUUUAGAUUUUGUUCAGCUAUUGAAGAAAUUACAAAAAAAUAAGCUGAAUGGUUAGCCAUAGCAAAAUAAAAAACAUAAUCGUAAUUAAAGCAUUAAUGUCAAGACAAUAAGAAUAUUUAGAAUAAGCAUUAUCAUAAGACCAAAAAUAAAGAGUGAAGACUAUAGCAGAUGCUUGUUGUGAGCUGGAUCUCUUUGAAUUGUAAUGUUUGAUGAGCUUGUUGAAUGAAAAUCAUUACAAGGCUCAAGGAAUAGGUCUUUUUUAGCUCGAUUCAAAUUGGCCUGUAAUCAAACAAAAUGAAGUACCAACUUGGCCUCCAAAAGAGAAAGAGUAAAUCGAAGCUUAUAUGAAAGAACUAUUUGGAGAGAAUGUCGUAAGAUUCCUAUCAAAUUUCAUAGCCUGAUUUCAAAGCCAUUUUUGGAGGUGUUGGAUCAGUUGGUAGUCAAGCUUCAGCUCAAAGUGCUGCUUCAAGUGAAGCUCCUAAGCAGGAAGAAAAGAAAGCAGAUGCUGCACCUAAAGUUGAAGCUGAAGUAAUUAUAUAAGUAAAUAAAGAAAAAAAAUUACGAUGUAGAAUUAAGUGCAAUUGACGCAGCACAGAAAAUUAAGAUCAUCAAAGAAGUUAGGUACUCAAUGAGAAUCAUUAUAGAUAAUUACUCAAUCUUGGUUUGAAGGAAGCCAAAGACUUGGUUGAGAAAUUGCCAGCCAGUUUAGGUAAGCAAUUGCCAAAGGAGAAAGCCAAUGAAUUAAAAGAAAAGUUAACAGCUGCUGGAUGUACAAUAAGUUUAAAGUGAUAACCAUGG